CUUUCUACAAGAUAAAAGAGAGAGAGAGAUCUUCGCCCCAGUAAGAAAAAGAAGCUGUAGAAGCAGAUUGACACACACCCCUUACUCACUCUUUGCAAUACUCCACUCAUUUCCUCAUCUGCCUUCCUGUUCUUUUAAAGAGGCCCAGCGGGGAGGGCAAAAGAGGAAAGAAAAAAACGUUCUCACCUGAAGAAAGGACAGAGACAAUACAGUACUAUUUGGGGGGAAAGAUCGUGGAAUCUGCUUACUAAGGAGGGGUAGCUCUCUGUCUACACUCGCAACUUCCUCCUUGGGUGUUUGGAUGUGCCCUUAAAGGGUGAAGACGCGAAGCUGCUGGCAUUUCCUCUCUUGCUGGGAGCCCUGGCAAAGGAGCUUGCAAUCAGUUACCUGGGGAUGACAACAGGAGGGAAGAGCUCAUGGCUGAGACUGGUGCAGAGCAUCCAAGUUUGAUGCCCAUUCUUGCCGCUGCCCAGCUUUCUCCCGUUGACUGCCACUCUUGCCAUUCCCUCUGCCAUGUUGUCCGCCUCACACUGGAAGAGCCUCCGUCAGACGUUAAUGGUGCUGUUCACCGCCACAAUUCUCAUUGGAAUCACCAUGCUGGCCCUCUCUACUGACAUCAACCCUGUUGGAUUUUUCUUCAUUGCAGUGGGGGGUCUGUGUUUGGUUGGCUACCUCAUUAGUUUGGCCGUGGAGCUCUACCUGAAGCAACGCAAUCCAGCGGAAGAAAAUAAUCCAGGCUCACGGAGACAAAGCCAGGCUGGCACAGUCAAUGAGGCCUAUGAGGCACCAGCAUAUGAGGAGGUGGUGACUACUGGCUACGUAUCAGGACCAACCAUCUGGACCAUCACAUCCAGUCCAGGGACAAUGCCAGUGGAGCCCCCUCCGUACAGCGUGGUCAUUGAGCCUCCUGCCCACGGAGAGACUGUGGUCGAGGCGUUCAGUGUCUCGGUGGCACCAGGCCCACGGCGUGCCUCGGAGGCAGAUCUGCAGUCCAGGUUCCGCCUCAGGUUGCUCAGGCCGCCGAAACUGCAGCGAUUUGUCUCGGAUACCCACGAACUCAAAGGUGUUGAAGAGCGGGCAGAACGCCCGGAGCCCCUCACACCCCCUCCUGCCUAUGAGAACGCGACGGUGGAGGAGAUCUUUGAAGAAGAAUUUGAGCCCUCCAGGCUAUGAGAACGGGGCACCGUGGACACUUUUUCGUCAGACUUUUUUCAGUGGCUGUCCUGUUGCAAUCCAUACGGUAUGAGAAUCAUGGCCUGUGUGCAGGAUGUUAGCUGCUGUACCUGCUUUUUACCGGUAAGAACUCUCCUGAGAAAUGUGCACAUACAGGUCUGAAUUUCUCAUGGGAAAUAAAAAUAUACAGUAUAUAAAAAAAAUGAACUUGUUUUUUUCUGACAUUUCCAGAAUGUUCUUGGACUUAACAGUAUAGGCUGCUCGGAACCUGGUUUUGAAGAAGGCUGGACUGGUUGGUGUAAUGAUUGCUGCUUUAAAAAAAAAAAAAAAACACACCUGAAACCAAAUAAACUGAGAUGGCAAAUCUGGGAUCAAAACUACAAACCACAUCUUAAUGUUUUCCAAAACCUGUUUAAAAGCUUUGAGUCUGAGAGUUAGCAAACUGAGAUUAUUAAGGAAUCCAGCUUCUGAAAAUAGCACUUACUCAAUCCAUAUUUCUUUAUUGUGGAACAAACUGCAUAUUAUGGUACAGAACAGUGAAUUUGUAGGUAUGUAAAAUCAUAAACAUUGAUUUACAAUUGAAUAACGUUGCUGAGACAUGCAAUUGCUUCCUGCCCUUUUAAGAAACAUACUAGCUGAUUACCAAGGAAUUCUGUAAUGAAAGAAUAUAUGAAAUUAUUUGAUCACAGAAAAUCUAUUGCAGCCAGGAUACAGACUGAUGGAUGUCAUAGUCUUUUCCUCAACAUUGCAAACAGUAUAACUUUAAGAAACUUGAAAACAGGACAAUCUGUAUAACAGCUGUGUUUAUUGUCCAACCUAUCAUGUACGCUACUGGGUGUCAAAAACAGAUGACAGGCCAAGGGAUAGGAGAAUAUGGAAACCUGGAAAUGGAAUGCUUAAUGAGUAAAGAUGAGCAUGUUUCUGUAUUUAGUCAUCUGAAACUGGGUCCAGACUGGAUGGAAAUAGGGCCGACCCAGUCUGGAGGUAAACUGAGACUAUUCUCCCAGGUUACAGGGUGUAGGUGAAUCCACUUCCAGAUGUGGAAGAAAAUUCCAUUGAUAUCCAAGGGAUUUACUGUUGAUUUUAAUCAUCUUUUAAAUGUUUUUAAGUAUCUGUUUUUAUCAAUAAUUUAAGUAUUUUAUAUUAUAUUUUUGUACACUGCUUAGAGAUUUUCUUACGAUAAGUGGUAUGUAAAUUUUAUUAAAUAAAGGAAAUGUUGUUCUACCA